AACGUGACCGAGGCAGUUUGGGGGAAGAACCUGGAGGGGGCGCGGGGCUCGUGGACCUCGGGAGGACGCCAGUUUUUCUCUCCAGAUAACCACCGUCUUAUUUCAUAAAACCUAUGGCGAGGGCAUGGUGGCCGAGCCUGGAACAACUGGAAGAAGACCCUGUAUGGAUAGUUUAAAUCCAGAACAAUUGUGCUUAUUUGUUUUUGCCUUUGAAGACUACUCCAUGGACAGAUUUAAGUUUGAAGACAAGAUCUGAGGAGUCAGCCAGGAUAUGACAAUGGGACAUUGUGCCUUGUGCACUCAACAGUACACAUACUGUAGAAUGGACAUCUACGUUAUGAGAUGGAAAAUUCUUUAAAAACCUUAAAGACUUGAAGGGAAUUACCUUGGGAUCAGGAAACCAAGUCACAAACCCUGAAGUAGUGGCUGGGAUUCCACAAAUACUUUUUCAUAUUUCCGGCAUAAGAUCUAUCUAGGCAGUUAAAGAAACAUCACUCAUUUUGCUUUACCUGUUUGCACUGAUCCUUCAAGAAGCAGCUUGGAAGGGGGAGGGGGUGCCAAGAGCCCCCCCUCCCCCAAGAGAGGGUUUUUGGCUCUCCAUCCUACAUCUAUGGAACAAGGAUGUUUACCAGGUUGAUGGUGGCAAUUUGAAGCUCAUCCGAGGGGUGGACAUAAGAGGACAGGGUGCGGCCUAUGCCUGUGAAGGAUGUUGAAGAAAAGUAGCCUGAUUGCCUGGGGCCUGGUGCUUUUUGUGGCCUGGAACGCCCUGAUCCUUUUCUUCCUGUGGACUCGGCCACAGUAUCUAUCGGACCAUAGCCGCUUAACUGAAGAGGUGAUCCGACUGGCCCAGGAUGCCGAGGUAGAAUUAGAGCACCAAAAGGAGCUUCUACAUCAGAUCUACCGCUAUAGUGCACUCUGGAACAAACGGAAGGCCAAAAACCUCCACCUGUCGGUCCAGCCUCCCACAGCUGUGCUCUUGCCCCAACACAAUCAGAUAUCCCCCGAUGCCGUUUUGCCUGUGGUGGUGAUUGCCUGUGACCGCAGCACAGUCCGCCGUUGUCUAGAUAAACUAUUGCAUUACCGCCCCUCAAAGGAGCGAUUCCCCAUCAUUGUAAGCCAGGACUGUGGGCAUGAGGAAACCGCUAGAGUCAUUGCCUCCUAUGGAGAUUCUAUCAUGCACAUCAAGCAGCCCAAUUUAAGUGACAUCCCUGUGCCUACCGACCAUCGCAAGUUUCAAGGAUACUACAAAAUUGCCCGACACUAUCGCUGGGCCUUGAGCCAGGUUUUCCGGACUUUCAAAUACCAAGCAGCCAUUGUAGUGGAAGACGACUUGGAAGUCGCUCCUGAUUUCUUUGAAUAUUUUCAAGCGAGUUUCCCGCUUCUACUGGCUGACCCAACUCUUUGGUGUAUCUCUGCCUGGAACGAUAACGGCAAGGAACAGAUGGUGGACGUUGCCCAUCCCGAACUUCUCUAUCGUACUGAUUUUUUCCCUGGUCUGGGCUGGCUUCUGCUCUCUGACUUGUGGGACGAGCUGGAACCCAAGUGGCCCAAGGCUUUCUGGGACGACUGGAUGCGACAGCCUGAACAGCGGCAGGGCCGUUCGUGCAUCAGGCCUGAAGUGUCACGCACAAUGACUUUUGGCCGUAAGGGCGUGAGCCACGGUCAGUUCUUUGACCAAUAUCUGAAGUUCAUCAAGCUCAAUGACCGUUUUGUGCCUUUCACCCAGAUGGACCUUUCUUACCUCAAGAAGAAUAACUAUGAACACUCAUUCUUGGCCCAGGUCUAUGAUGCCCCUCAGCUGCGUGUCGAAGAAUUACAGGGGAACCAGCGCCGGGAGUUGGGUACUGUCCGAGUGCAGUACACCACUCGUGACUCUUUCAAGGCCUUUGCGAAAGCCUUGGGUGUUAUGGAUGACCUCAAAUCAGGAGUGCCCCGUGCUGGGUAUCAGGGCAUUAUCAGCUUCCUUUACCGAGGCCGCCGUGUUUUCCUGGCUCCUCCUCCUGGCUGGACAGGCUAUGACCCCAGUUGGAGUUAGCAGCUGAUGAUUUUUGAGCAUGUUGGACCCCAUUGGGGAAAAGGGUGCUGGGGGGGCGGGGGCAGAAUUCUGUAUUUUCUUCUCUUGUGUGGCAUUCAAGGUGCAUUCCAGGAAUGAGGAUUGUUUUGUGCACUUAAUUUGGGGGAGGAGUUCAUGGCAGGAGGGAUAGGUUACUGGGGGUGGUGGUGGUGGUAUUCCAAAGCCCCAACAUCGUAGGAGCGUUCUGGGUUCUCUGUUCUCUCCCCAGUGCCUGCCUUCCUUCUUGACAAUGCUGCCCAUCCACUGAUUAGAUCCUUGGUAGCUUGUCCAAAUUGGUGCAUUUUGAGGUCAAAGUGAAUGCUAAACCAAAGCAGUGACCCACUGAAGUUUUCCCAGUUUUGUUGAGAUAUGCAGCAGGCCAGAGCAACUUGUGAUCUCACACGGCAGACGUAACUCCUCAAUCAAAUAGUGUGUUUGGCCACAGACUUCAUACAUAUCUUUAAAUUCACAGCAAAAUGGGGAAGCUUGUUAAGUUGCCGAGAAACUAUGAUUCAAAACCGGCACUCUGUGUUCAACAUGAUAGGCCACAGGUAAAGCUGUAGGGAGAACAUCAAAGGUUUUUUUCCUCAGCUCUUGGCGGCUGCUUCGCCUCUCACCUGGGCACCUGUAAGGUUUGGAAAGCAGGAAGCUCUUUUGGAUGAUCAUUGAACCCUCAAAAGGACCAUCUUUAUUGACCAUAUUGGCCAUUUUUAUGUUGAUCUCUUAGAUAUCCUAAUUGAACCCUAUUGAAUGGGACAUUGGAGAUACAAUGUGCACAAUGACAAACUUAAUAUGAUUGUCACUCAGAUGAGAUGGAAAGGAAAGUCAGAGCCUCUUUUUAUUGCUUUUAUUUGGGCACUAGGAUAGAGUAGUCAGAGAGCAUGUGCUACAUGCUACCCUUUUUAUAGCUCCAUGCUAGCACCUGUUAACUUUAGCUUAAAUAAAGUUUUGGGUGGAGGCGGGCAUUUUCUUCUCAUCCUCUUACCUGGUAUUGAGAUACAUGAAAGCCUUGACUUUGCAGCCUUCUAGCCAGUGCCUGCUGUCAAAUGGUCCUUUUUCUCUAAGCUACAACGGGAAACGAUGAGCUGCAAGUGGGCCAUGAAAUUUGAAAGCGGUGCUGGGGGAGGAAGGCCUAAGGCUAGCUCUUUAUGGCGCGUGAGGGAGCAGUCAGACCUUUCAGCCUCCACUUGUCACCUGAAAUGAUAAGAGGCUUCCGGUAUAUCUCUUUAAGGGAAGCCGACCGAUGGCUUGACGUCGGUGCCAUGUCCUCUUCCCAGGUUUAUGAGGAGAACUUGCCCAAGGCUGCCUUAAUUUGCCUGGUGUAGGAACUUCAUCCAGAUCUACGGCGGAGUGUGCUGUUGCAUUUUUUUUAAUUGCUGUGGUUUUUUGUUUCUGAAUGGCCAUAUUGGAAUUGGUCACUGCUACGUAUUUACUAAAGUAGAGUGGAGGGAGGAGACUCCUUGAGGCAUUGGAGCAUCUCAUGAAAGGACUUCUCCAAGCAAGGAGUCCAGCCUUAUUCCGUGGGGCACAGUCCAGUCUUCCCCAUUCUUGCCUUAGGGAGUUGCCGCUGAGCUGCUCCAGAUGCCACUUUAUGAGGCAGGCAUGAGGAAGUGACUUCAGACCUCCUUUGGCCAAAAUUUAGACCACACCAAAAGGUAUAUUGUGUUGUUUGAAUGCUUAUUACUUUCUCUCUUUAAAAAAAAAUGCGUAAGGCCACCUCUGUGGUGAAUGGAGGAGGGAAGAUUGUGUUUUGGCAUUUCACUUCCGUGAGGGGAGUUUUUUCCUUGUGUAUUUGCUCCUCUGGUUGGGCAAGUGGGCAGAUAGGAGGAGAUGGUGCCUUGGGGAGACUGCUUUGAAUGGUUUGCUGCAUCUGCUUAAGUCCUGAGAUUUUUCUUUUGGGGGGGGGGGGAAGAAACUAAUGCUGCAGAGGAAGAGGCUUUCUAAAAAAAAUAAUUUAAAAAAAAGACUGACUGUGAUCUGCAUCUGGGAUGUUGAUAAUUUGGACAUGUUCAUACCUUGAUUUCGCUUUAAUUCUCUGCAAGAGACUACCGUUUAACAAUUUUCUAGGUCAGGCUUCCAUUUGAAAAAAAAUGUAUAAAGUAGGGCAGAAAUGUGUAUAGACCAUGAGUGGAAAUGUCUCUGUGGAUAGCAAAGAUCUUUCAGCAUGAUGCUACUCACCUUUAAUAACAUCCUGAAUAUACAUGCAGAAAUGAUCCCUCGAGUCGUCCAUUUGCAAUCUGGUCCCCAUCGGAACCAUUGUGCUCUUACCUUAUCUGGACGCGGAGGGUGUGUGAGGAGGAGGAGAGGGUUGUAAUGGAAAAUCAGAUUAUUAUUAUUAUUAUUAUUAUUAUUUUGCUGAUUAUUUUAAUCCCUACUUUCAAGAUUUGCUGGAUGCUGGGUGAAGAAUUGCCAUUUUUAAAACUAGAAACAGCAAGAGAGCUGUUUUUACUUUUAGUAUUAUGUUCUGGGACUCGGCCUGGAUGUCUCAAUUUGCAAGUUAUACUGCCAUCUCCUUUCAGUAGAAGGCAGCUACUGAACUUACAGUGGAAGGGAGGGGAAAAUGGAAAUUUCUUUUCGGGUUCCUUCCUUUCAUUUCUGUCCCCUGGUGCUCAGUCAGCCAAUCAAUCAUGGAAAUGAAAAUAGGAGGAUAGAGAUACUAUAUAUCAUGGGUCCCUCCCCACCAAUCCUCAGUUCUGUGUAACUUAAUCCACACCAUCUGUAGCCCAAACUCUCUCCUUUGGCCUACUGUCCGUGUUAGUGUUUUGUCCUGGAUCACAGUGAAAUGAUCAUAUUUCCCAUUCCAGUUUGUGAUUUUGGUGAAACAAUUGGAAGAUGCUCAGCGGAGAUCCCAGCAGAAAGGAAAACCCACCAGCAGCCACACCAUUUUUCUCCCUUUCUGUCCUGCGCUGCCUUCUGUUCCUGAAAAUAUCUCUGCUGAAAAAUAAGUGUCAUCACAUCUGGAUGUUUGAAUCAAGGUUGUUGGAUGGAGAGACGCUAAUUUUAUGUUGACAAUUGGUGAGAAGAGCUUAAAAAAGCAAAAAAAGAAUUAUUUUCCACAAUAAAAUAAAAACCGUUCCUUUUCAGACAA